UGGUCGGUGGCACGGAGUGCGGGUAGUACGGUCUUUUGGUCUUGUUGUAAAUAAAAUUGUUUUUUAAGUAAUGUUUUGUAUUAUUUUUACGCUUCUUUUUGUGAGUUGCUGUUCUGUAGAGGUCAAUAAUCCUGUUGCGAAAGUGAAUAAAACCGAAAAUAUUUUGUGUCGAGAAUGUGGUUCUCAGAUAUUAACAUCUGAUACCAUCAUAUCAAAGUCCAGUGCUGCAUCACAAUAUUCUUUUAGCGACACAAUAUUUAACAGGAAAGAUGUAUUGGUACAAAUUCUAGUGCAGGAUAUAUUUUGGCGAUAUCCUGUUAUUACAUCAAGUAAAUCCAGUUGCCUUGGGAAAGGAGAUUGGGAAGAUGAUGAAUUAUGGUUUCCUGAUUAUGUCAUGAAACCAUGUUUUUGCCCUGAAUGUGGAGCCUUUCUUGGUUGGAUGUUUCAGAUUGACAGUCUGACAACAAUUUAUUCUACAGACCAAUUUUUCGGCCUUAUAUUAACUAACAUAAUCAGUGAAAAUUUUACAAACUCCCUUCUUACAUACCCGUACAUAGUUUAAUAUAAAUAUGGAUGCCGAGCUAUCUAUAGAAGACAAAGAAUUUUUAGCUAAGUGUGAAGAAGAGUUAAAAGAUCGUUUUACUGAAAAGGAUGAAGAAUACAUGAAAGUUUU